UGACAUUUAUUCCAAACCCAUUAGUCUAAAACCAAAUUAACCACCUUCCAAAUUCUAGGGUUUCGAUUUUCGAGUCGAAUCCCCAAUUCCCCCAAAAUUAGGGUUUCCCAAUUUCCCCCCACCUUGAAAUGCAAAAAUGACAUCUCCACUCCCCCAACCUCUGCUCCCAAUCCCACUCCCCAAUUCAACCCUAGACGACGCCGUUUCGGGCCCCAGACUCUACAGCUGGCUGGGUCAGUGCCAUGGGUUCUGGCACAACGUGGCUCUCAUCACGGCCUCGCUUCUCUUUGCUCUCUACUUGGGUUAUCAAUCGAAGAAGAGCUUCUUGAGGCUCUCUCAUGGCCGCUCCUAUAUCAUGAUGGCCUACUAUGGCUGCCUUUGGCUUGUUAGCUUGCUCAAUCUCGCUUGGUGCUUUCUUCAGGCAUGGGAAUGCACACCUGAUAAAGAACUGGCAUGGAAUGUCUUAUCCCUGUUCACGACUUCCGGAAUGUUAUUUUUGGAAGUGAGCUUGCUGGCAUUUUUACUCCAAGGGAAUUAUGGGAGUGGACUGGAAGCAUUGACACGAACAUUUGUUGUCUCAGGAAUCCUUGUUGGUGUAGAUAUACUUCUGAAGGCUACUUAUAUGUUUGGAUUUGGAAUUCCGCUGUUUGUGGACGACAACGAUCAUACACAUAGGAUGAAGUGGAACUUGUGGUCCGUCCAUAGGCUAGUAUUAACUGCUGUUUAUGGUUUCAUAUUGUUCAUGUACCAUUCCAAGUGGAGAGACAGGUUACCCGCAAGACCUUCUUUCUACAACUAUACAGCUAUCAUGUUUCUGAUGAAUGUACUAGCAUUGUUUCCAUGUGGACUUACGGGAAAUGGAGCUGGAUUUGGGUACUGGUUAUAUGGGGCCUCUAUUGUCUGUUACCAUGCCUUCUAUCUUCCUCUCUUAUAUGUUACAUUUCUGGCAGACUUCUUCCAGGAGGAAGAUUUACAUUUGGAGAAUGUAUAUUAUUCAGAGAUGAAAGAUGCAGGUUUCUUUGAUGCUGAUUGGGAGUGAUGGUGUAACCAGGAACGUAAGUCAUGCAUCCAGGUUAUCCUCCUUUACCAAAGAUGCGAUUUCAAAUUGAUCAUGCACUCAAUAAGUAAAGUCUCCUGGACUGUAUAUAGAGGUCAUAAAUCUUCUCUUAUGAGAAGUAUAAUUGCAAAAAUGCCUCAAUUGAAGUAAUUUCGUUAGAGUUUGUAGGAUGUUAUGUUGUAUACUCUGCUGCUUUGCAAUCACACAAGUACAUAAAUGUGUAUUGGUAAGUUUUCUAAUGGCAUACUAUCACUGCUUCAGUAA